AUGGACCAACAAGCCAGUUGGUCCGCGUGUUUGAUGGACCAACAAGCCAGUUGGUCCGCGUGUUUGAUGGACCAACAAGCCAGUUGGUCCGCGUGUUUGAUGGACCAACAAGCCAGUUGGUCCGCGUGUUUGAUGGACCAACAAGCCAGUUGCCAGCUGGUCCGCGCGUUCGAGGGACCAACGAGCCAGCUGGUCCGCGCGUUCGAGGGACCAACGAGCCAGCUGGGCCGCGCGUUCGACGGACCAACGAGCCAGCUGGGCCGCGCGUUCGACGGACCAACGAGCCAGCUGGGCCGCGCGUUCGACGGACCAACGAGCCAGCUGGGCCGCGCGUUCGACGGACCAACGAGCCAGCUGGGCCGCGCGUUCGACGGACCAACGAGCCAGCUGGGCCGCGCGUUCGACGGACCAACGAGCCAGCUGGGCCGCGCGUUCGACGGACCAACGAGCCAGCUGGGCCGCGCGUUCGACGGACCAACGAGCCAGCUGGGCCGCGCGUUCGACGGACCAACGAGCCAGCUGGGCCGCGCGUUCGACGGACCAACGAGCCAGCUGGGCCGCGCGUUCGACGCACCAACGAGCCAGCUGGGCCGCGCGUUCGACGCACCAACGAGCCAGCUGGGCCGCGCGUUCGACGCACCAACGAGCCAGCUGGGCCGCGCGUUCGACGCACCAACGAGCCAGCUGGGCCGCGCGUUCGACGCACCAACGAGCCAGCUGGGCCGCGCGUUCGACGCACCAACGAGCCAGCUGGGCCGCGCGUUCGACGCACCAACGAGCCAGCUGGGCCGCGCGUUCGACGCACCAACGAGCCAGCUGGGCCGCGCGUUCGACGCACCAACGAGCCAGCUGGGCCGCGCGUUCGACGCACCAACGAGCCAGCUGGGCCGCGCGUUCGACGCACCAACGAGCCAGCUGGGCCGCGCGUUCGACGCACCAACGAGCCAGCUGGGCCGCGCGUUCGACGCACCAACGAGCCAGCUGGGCCGCGCGUUCGACGCACCAACGAGCCAGCUGGGCCGCGCGUUCGACGCACCAACGAGCCAGCUGGGCCGCGCGUUCGACGCACCAACGAGCCAGCUGGGCCGCGCGUUCGACGCACCAACGAGCCAGCUGGGCCGCGCGUUCGACGCACCAACGAGCCAGCUGGGCCGCGCGUUCGACGCACCAACGAGCCAGCUGGGCCGCGCGUUCGACGCACCAACGAGCCAGCUGGGCCGCGCGUUCGACGCACCAACGAGCCAGCUGGGCCGCGCGUUCGACGCACCAACGAGCCAGCUGGGCCGCGCGUUCGACGCACCAACGAGCCAGCUGGGCCGCGCGUUCGACGCACCAACGAGCCAGCUGGGCCGCGCGUUCGACGCACCAACGAGCCAGCUGGGCCGCGCGUUCGACGCACCAACGAGCCAGCUGGGCCGCGCGUUCGACGCACCAACGAGCCAGCUGGGCCGCGCGUUCGACGCACCAACGAGCCAGCUGGGCCGCGCGUUCGACGCACCAACGAGCCAGCUGGGCCGCGCGUUCGACGCACCAACGAGCCAGCUGGGCCGCGCGUUCGACGCACCAACGAGCCAGCUGGGCCGCGCGUUCGACGCACCAACGAGCCAGCUGGGCCGCGCGUUCGACGCACCAACGAGCCAGCUGGGCCGCGCGUUCGACGCACCAACGAGCCAGCUGGGCCGCGCGUUCGACGCACCAACGAGCCAGCUGGGCCGCGCGUUCGACGCACCAACGAGCCAGCUGGGCCGCGCGUUCGACGCACCAACGAGCCAGCUGGGCCGCGCGUUCGACGCACCAACGAGCCAGCUGGGCCGCGCGUUCGACGCACCAACGAGCCAGCUGGGCCGCGCGUUCGACGCACCAACGAGCCAGCUGGGCCGCGCGUUCGACGCACCAACGAGCCAGCUGGGCCGCGCGUUCGACGCACCAACGAGCCAGCUGGGCCGCGCGUUCGACGCACCAACGAGCCAGCUGGGCCGCGCGUUCGACGCACCAACGAGCCAGCUGGGCCGCGCGUUCGACGCACCAACGAGCCAGCUGGGCCGCGCGUUCGACGCACCAACGAGCCAGCUGGGCCGCGCGUUCGACGCACCAACGAGCCAGCUGGGCCGCGCGUUCGACGCACCAACGAGCCAGCUGGGCCGCGCGUUCGACGCACCAACGAGCCAGCUGGGCCGCGCGUUCGACGCACCAACGAGCCAGCUGGGCCGCGCGUUCGACGCACCAACGAGCCAGCUGGGCCGCGCGUUCGACGCACCAACGAGCCAGCUGGGCCGCGCGUUCGACGCACCAACGAGCCAGCUGGGCCGCGCGUUCGACGCACCAACGAGCCAGCUGGGCCGCGCGUUCGACGCACCAACGAGCCAGCUGGGCCGCGCGUUCGACGCACCAACGAGCCAGCUGGGCCGCGCGUUCGACGCACCAACGAGCCAGCUGGGCCGCGCGUUCGACGCACCAACGAGCCAGCUGGGCCGCGCGUUCGACGCACCAACGAGCCAGCUGGGCCGCGCGUUCGACGCACCAACGAGCCAGCUGGGCCGCGCGUUCGACGCACCAACGAGCCAGCUGGGCCGCGCGUUCGACGCACCAACGAGCCAGCUGGGCCGCGCGUUCGACGCACCAACGAGCCAGCUGGGCCGCGCGUUCGACGCACCAACGAGCCAGCUGGGCCGCGCGUUCGACGCACCAACGAGCCAGCUGGGCCGCGCGUUCGACGCACCAACGAGCCAGCUGGGCCGCGCGUUCGACGCACCAACGAGCCAGCUGGGCCGCGCGUUCGACGCACCAACGAGCCAGCUGGGCCGCGCGUUCGACGCACCAACGAGCCAGCUGGGCCGCGCGUUCGACGCACCAACGAGCCAGCUGGGCCGCGCGUUCGACGCACCAACGAGCCAGCUGGGCCGCGCGUUCGACGCACCAACGAGCCAGCUGGGCCGCGCGUUCGACGCACCAACGAGCCAGCUGGGCCGCGCGUUCGACGCACCAACGAGCCAGCUGGGCCGCGCGUUCGACGCACCAACGAGCCAGCUGGGCCGCGCGUUCGACGCACCAACGAGCCAGCUGGGCCGCGCGUUCGACGCACCAACGAGCCAGCUGGGCCGCGCGUUCGACGCACCAACGAGCCAGCUGGGCCGCGCGUUCGACGCACCAACGAGCCAGCUGGGCCGCGCGUUCGACGCACCAACGAGCCAGCUGGGCCGCGCGUUCGACGCACCAACGAGCCAGCUGGGCCGCGCGUUCGACGCACCAACGAGCCAGCUGGGCCGCGCGUUCGACGCACCAACGAGCCAGCUGGGCCGCGCGUUCGACGCACCAACGAGCCAGCUGGGCCGCGCGUUCGACGCACCAACGAGCCAGCUGGGCCGCGCGUUCGACGCACCAACGAGCCAGCUGGGCCGCGCGUUCGACGCACCAACGAGCCAGCUGGGCCGCGCGUUCGACGCACCAACGAGCCAGCUGGGCCGCGCGUUCGACGCACCAACGAGCCAGCUGGGCCGCGCGUUCGACGCACCAACGAGCCAGCUGGGCCGCGCGUUCGACGCACCAACGAGCCAGCUGGGCCGCGCGUUCGACGCACCAACGAGCCAGCUGGGCCGCGCGUUCGACGCACCAACGAGCCAGCUGGGCCGCGCGUUCGACGCACCAACGAGCCAGCUGGGCCGCGCGUUCGACGCACCAACGAGCCAGCUGGGCCGCGCGUUCGACGCACCAACGAGCCAGCUGGGCCGCGCGUUCGACGCACCAACGAGCCAGCUGGGCCGCGCGUUCGACGCACCAACGAGCCAGCUGGGCCGCGCGUUCGACGCACCAACGAGCCAGCUCGGCCGCGCGUUCGACGCACCAACGAGCCAGCUCGUCCGCGCGUUCGACGCACCAACGAGCCAGCUGGGCCGCGCGUUCGACGCACCAACGAGCCAGCUGGGCCGCGCGUUCGACGCACCAACGAGCCAGCUGGGCCGCGCGUUCGACGCACCAACGAGCCAGCUGGGCCGCGCGUUCGACGCACCAACGAGCCAGCUCGGCCGCGCGUUCGAGGGACCAACGAGCCAGCUCGGCCGCGCGUUCGAGGGACCAACGAGCCAGCUCGUCCGCGCGUUCGAGGGACCAACGAGCCAGCUCGUCCGCGCGUUCGAGGACCAACGAGCCAGCUCGUCCGCGCGUUCGAUGGACCAACGAGCCAGCUCGUCCGCGCGUUCGAUGGACCAACGAGCCAGCUCGUCCGCGCGUUCGAUGGACCAACGAGCCAGCUCGUCCGCGCGUUCGAUGGACCAACGAGCCAGCUCGUCCGCGCGUUCGAUGGACCAACGAGCCAGCUCGUCCGCGCGUUCGAUGGACCAACGAGCCAGCUCGUCCGCGCGUUCGAUGGACCAACGAGCCAGCUCGUCCGCGCGUUCGAUGGACCAACGAGCCAGCUCGUCCGCGCGUUCGAUGGACCAACGAGCCAGCUCGUCCGCGCGUUCGAUGGACCAACGAGCCAGCUCGUCCGCGCGUUCGAUGGACCAACGAGCCAGCUCGUCCGCGCGUUCGAUGGACCAACGAGCCAGCUCGUCCGCGCGUUCGAUGGACCAACGAGCCAGCUCGUCCGCGCGUUCGAUGGACCAACGAGCCAGCUCGUCCGCGCGUUCGAUGGACCAACGAGCCAGCUCGUCCGCGCGUUCGAUGGACCAACGAGCCAGCUCGUCCGCGCGUUCGAUGGACCAACGAGCCAGCUCGUCCGCGCGUUCGAUGGGACCAACGAGCCAGCUCGUCCGCGCGUUCGAUGGACCAACGAGCCAGCUCGUCCGCGCGUUCGAUGGACCAACGAGCCAGCUCGUCCGCGCGUUCGAGGGACCAACGAGCCAGCUCGUCCGCGCGUUCGAGGGACCAACGAGCCAGCUCGUCCGCGCGUUCGAGGGACCAACGAGCCAGCUCGUCCGCGCGUUCGAGGGACCAACGAGCCAGCUCGUCCGCGCGUUCGAGGGACCAACGAGCCAGCUCGUCCGCGCGUUCGAGGGACCAACGAGCCAGCUCGUCCGCGCGUUCGAUGGACCAACGAGCCAGCUCGUCCGCGCGUUCGAUGGACCAACGAGCCAGCUCGUCCGCGCGUUCGAUGGACCAACGAGCCAGCUCGUCCGCGCGUUCGAUGGACCAACGAGCCAGCUCGUCCGCGCGUUCGAUGGACCAACGAGCCAGCUCGUCCGCGCGUUCGAUGGACCAACGAGCCAGCUCGUCCGCGCGUUCGAUGGACCAACGAGCCAGCUCGUCCGCGCGUUCGAUGGACCAACGAGCCAGUUCGCCCGCGCGUUCGAUGGACCAACGAGCCAGUUCGCCCGCGAGUUCGAUGGACCAACGCCAGUUGGUCCGCGUUCGAUGGACCAAGCCAGUUGCCAGUUGGUCCGCGUGUUUGAUGGACCAACAAGCCAGUUGGUCCGCGUGUUUGAUGGACCAACAAGCCAGCUGGUCCGCGUGUUCGAUGGACCAACAAGCCAGCUGGUCCGCGUGUUCGAUGGACCAACAAGCCAGCUGGUCCGCGUGUUCGAUGGACCAACAAGCCAGCUGGUCCGCGUGUUCGAUGGACCAACAAGCCAGCUGGUCCGCGUGUUCGAUGGACCAACAAGCCAGCUGGUCCGCGUGUUCGAUGGACCAACAAGCCAGCUGGUCCGCGUGUUCGAUGGACCAACAAGCCAGCUGGUCCGCGUGUUCGAUGGACCAACAAGCCAGCUGGUCCGCGUGUUCGAUGGACCAACAAGCCAGCUGGUCCGCGUGUUCGAUGGACCAACAAGCCAGCUGGUCCGCGUGUUCGAUGGACCAACAAGCCAGCUGGUCCGCGUGUUCGAUGGACCAACAAGCCAGCUGGUCCGCGUGUUCGAUGGACCAACAAGCCAGCUGGUCCGCGUGUUCGAUGGACCAACAAGCCAGCUGGUCCGCGUGUUCGAUGGACCAACAAGCCAGCUGGUCCGCGUGUUCGAUGGACCAACAAGCCAGCUGGUCCGCGUGUUCGAUGGACCAACAAGCCAGCUGGUCCGCGUGUUCGAUGGACCAACAAGCCAGCUGGUCCGCGUGUUCGAUGGACCAACAAGCCAGCUGGUCCGCGUGUUCGAUGGACCAACAAGCCAGCUGGUCCGCGUGUUCGAUGGACCAACAAGCCAGCUGGUCCGCGUGUUCGAUGGACCAACAAGCCAGUUGGUCCGCGUGUUCGAUGGAGCAACAAGCCAGUUGGCCCGCGUGUUCGAUGGACAACAAGCCAGUUGGCCCGCGUGUUCGAUGGAGCAACAAGCCAGUUGGCCCGCGUGUUCGUUGGACCAACAAGCCAGUUGCCAGUUGGUCCGCGUGUUUGAUGGACCAACAAGCCAGUUGGUCCGCGUGUUUGAUGGACCAACAAGCCAGUUGGCCCGCGAGUUCGAUGGACCAACAAGCCAGUUGGUCCGCGUGUUCGUUGGACCAAGUUGGUCCGCGUGUUCGACGGACCAACAAGCCAGUUGGUCCGCGUGUUCGACGGACCAACAAGCCAGUUGGUCCGCGUGCUCGACGGACCAACAAGCCAGUUGGUCCGCGUGCUCGACGGACCAACAAGCCAGUUGGUCCGCGUGCUCGACGGACCAACAAGCCAGUUGGUCCGCGUGCUCGACGGACCAACAAGCCAGUUGGUCCGCGUGCUCGACGGACCAACAAGCCAGUUGGUCCGCGUGCUCGACGGACCAACAAGCCAGUUGGUCCGCGUGCUCGACGGACCAACAAGCCAGUUGGUCCGCGUGCUCGACGGACCAACAAGCCAGUUGGUCCGCGUGCUCGACGGACCAACAAGCCAGUUGGUCCGCGUGCUCGACGGACCAACAAGCCAGUUGGUCCGCGUGCUCGACGGACCAACAAGCCAGUUGGUCCGCGUGCUCGACGGACCAACAAGCCAGUUGGUCCGCGUGCUCGACGGACCAACAAGCCAGUUGGUCCGCGUGCUCGACGGACCAACAAGCCAGUUGGUCCGCGUGCUCGACGGACCAACAAGCCAGUUGGUCCGCGUGCUCGACGGACCAACAAGCCAGUUGGUCCGCGUGCUCGACGGACCAACAAGCCAGUUGGUCCGCGUGCUCGACGGACCAACAAGCCAGUUGGUCCGCGUGCUCGACGGACCAACAAGCCAGUUGGUCCGCGUGCUCGACGGACCAACAAGCCAGUUGGUCCGCGUGCUCGACGGACCAACAAGCCAGUUGGUCCGCGUGCUCGACGGACCAACAAGCCAGUUGGUCCGCGUGCUCGACGGACCAACAGGCCAGUUGGUCCGCGUGCUCGACGGACCAACAAGCCAGUUGGUCCGCGUGCUCGACGGACCAACAAGCCAGUUGGUCCGCGUGCUCGACGGACCAACAAGCCAGUUGGUCCGCGUGCUCGACGGACCAACAAGCCAGUUGGUCCGCGUGCUCGACGGACCAACAAGCCAGUUGGUCCGCGUGCUCGACGGACCAACAAGCCAGUUGGUCCGCGUGCUCGACGGACCAACAAGCCAGUUGGUCCGCGUGCUCGACGGACCAACAAGCCAGUUGGUCCGCGUGCUCGACGGACCAACAAGCCAGUUGGUCCGCGUGCUCGAUGGACCAUCAAGCCAGCUGGUCCGCGUGCUCGAUGGACCAACAAGCCAGUUGGUCCGCGUGUUUGAUGGACCAACAAGCCAGCUGGUCCGCGUGCUGGUUGGACCAACAAGCCAGUUGGUCCGCGUGUUUGAUGGACCAACAAGCCAGCUGGUCCGCGUGCUGGUUGGACCAACAAGCCAGUUGGUCCGCGUGCUGGUUGGACCAACAAGCCAGUUGGUCCGCGUGCUGGUUGGACCAACAAGCCAGCUGGUCCGCGUGCUCGGUUGGACCAACAAGCCAGUUGGUCCGCGUGCUCGUUGGACCAACAAGCCAGCUGGUCCGCGUGUUCGAUGGACCAACAAGCCAGCUGGUCCGGUUGCUCGUUGGACCAACAAGCCAGCUGGUCCGCGUGUUCGAUGGACCAACAAGCCAGCUGGUCCGCGUGCUCGUUGGACCAACAAGCCAGCUGGUCCGCGUGUUCGGUGGACCAACAAGCCAGCUGGUCCGCGUGUUCGGUGGACCAACAAGCCAGCUGGUCCGCGUGUUCGGUGGACCAACAAGCCAGCUGGUCCGCGUGUUCGGUGGACCAACAAGCCAGCUGGUCCGCGUGUUCGGUGGACCAACAAGCCAGCUGGUCCGCGUGUUCGGUGGACCAACAAGCCAGCUGGUCCGCGUGUUCGGUGGACCAACAAGCCUGCUGGUCCGCGUGUUCGGUGGACCAACAAGCCUGCUGGUCCGCGUGUUCGGUGGACCAACAAGCCAGCUGGUCCGCGUGUUCGGUGGACCAACAAGCCUGCUGGUCCGCGUGUUCGGUGGACCAACAAGCCUGCUGGUCCGCGUGUUCGGUGGACCAACAAGCCUGCUGGUCCGCGUGUUCGGUGGACCAACAAGCCUGCUGGUCCGCGUGUUCGGUGGACCAACAAGCCUGCUGGUCCGCGUGUUCGGUGGACCAACAAGCCUCUUGGUCCGCGUGUUCGGUGGACCAACAAGCCUCUUGGUCCGCGUGUUCGGUGGACCAACAAGCCUCUUGGUCCGCGUGUUCGGUGGACCAACAAGCCUCUUGGUCCGCGUGUUCGGUGGACCAACAAGCCUCUUGGUCCGCGUGUUCGGUGGACCAACAAGCCUCUUGGUCCGCGUGUUCGGUGGACCAACAAGCCUCUUGGUCCGCGUGUUCGAUGGACCAACAAGCCUCUUGGUCCGCGUGUUCGAUGGACCAACAAGCCUCUUGGUCCGCGUGUUCGAUGGACCAACAAGCCUCUUGGUCCGCGUGUUCGAUGCACCAACAAGCCUGUUGGUCCGCGUGUUCGAUGCACCAACAAGCCUGUUGGUCCGCGUGUUCGAUGGACCAACAAGCCUGUUGGUCCGCGUGUUCGAUGCACCAACAAGCCCGUUGGUCCGCGUGUUCGAUGCACCAACAAGCCUGUUGGUCCGCGUGUUCGAUGGACCAACAAGCCUGUUGGUCCGCGUGUUCGAUGCACCAACAAGCCUGUUGGUCCGCGUGUUCGAUGCACCAACAAGCCUGUUGGUCCGCGUGUUCGAUGCACCAACAAGCCUGUUGGUCCGCGUGUUCGAUGCACCAACAAGCCUGUUGGUCCGCGUGUUCGAUGCACCAACAAGCCUGUUGGUCCGCGUGUUCGAUGCACCAACAAGCCUGUUGGUCCGCGUGUUCGAUGCACCAACAAGCCUGUUGGUCCGCGUGUUCGAUGCACCAACAAGCCUGUUGGUCCGCGUGUUCGAUGCACCAACAAGCCUGUUGGUCCGCGUGUUUGUUGGACCAACAAGCCAGUUGGUCCGCGUGUUUGUUGGACCAACAAGCCAGUUGGUCCGCGUGUUUGUUGGACCAACAAGCCAGUUGGUCCGCGUGUUUGUUGGACCAACAAGCCAGUUGGUCCGCGUGUUUGAUGGACCAACAAGCCAGUUGGUCCACGUGUUUGUUGGACCAACAAGCCAGUUGGUCCACGUGUUUGUUGGACCAACAAGCCAGCUGGUCCGCGUGUUUGUUGGACCAAGCAGCCAGCUGGUCCGCGUGUUUGUUGGACCAACAAGCCAGCUGGUCCGCGUGUUCGAUGGACCAACAAGCCAGCUGGUCCGCGUGUUUGAUGGACCAACAAGCCAGCUGGUCCGCGUGUUUGAUGGACCAACAAGCCAGCUGGUCCGCGUGUUCGAUGGACCAACAAGCCAGCUGGUCCGCGUGUUUGAUGGACCAACAAGCCAGCUGGUCCGCGUGUUCGAUGGACCAACAAGCCAGCUGGUCCGCGUGUUCGAUGGACCAACAAGCCAGUUGGUCCGCGUGUUUGAUGGACCAACAAGCCAGUUGGUCCGCGUGUUUGAUGGACCAACAAGCCAGUUGGUCCGCGUGUUUGAUGGACCAACAAGCCAGUUGGUCCGCGAGUUCGUUGGACCAACAAGCCAGUUGGUCCGCGUGUUUGAUGGACCAACAAGCCAGUUGGCCCGCGAGUUCGAUGGACCAACAAGCCAGUUGUUGGUCCGCGUGUUUGAUGGACCAACAAGCCAGUUGGUCCGCGUGUUUGAUGGACCAACAAGCCAGUUGGUCCGCGUGUUUGAUGGACCAACAAGCCAGUUGGUCCGCGUGUUUGAUGGACCAACAAGCCAGUUGGUCCGCGUGUUUGAUGGACCAACAAGCCAGUUGGUCCGCGUGUUUGAUGGACCAACAAGCCAGUUGGUCCGCGUGUUUGAUGGACCAACAAGCCAGUUGGUCCGCGUGUUUGAUGGACCAACAAGCCAGUUGGUCCGCGUGUUUGAUGGACCAACAAGCCAGUUGGUCCGCGUGUUUGAUGGACCAACAAGCCAGUUGGUCCGCGUGUUUGAUGGACCAACAAGCCAGUUGGUCCGCGUGUUUGAUGGACCAACAAGCCAGUUGGUCCGCGUGUUUGAUGGACCAACAAGCCAGUUGGUCCGCGUGUUUGAUGGACCAACAAGCCAGUUGGUCCGCGUGUUUGAUGGACCAACAAGCCAGUUGGUCCGCGUGUUUGAUGGACCAACAAGCCAGUUGGUCCGCGUGUUUGAUGGACCAACAAGCCAGUUGGUCCGCGUGUUUGAUGGACCAACAAGCCAGUUGGUCCGCGUGUUUGAUGGACCAACAAGCCAGUUGGUCCGCGUGUUUGAUGGACCAACAAGCCAGUUGGUCCGCGUGUUUGAUGGACCAACAAGCCAGUUGGUCCGCGUGUUUGAUGGACCAACAAGCCAGUUGGUCCGCGUGUUUGAUGGACCAACAAGCCAGUUGGUCCGCGUGUUUGAUGGACCAACAAGCCAGCUGGUCCGCGUGUUUGUUGGACCAACAAGCCAGCUGGUCCGCGUGUUUGUUGGACCAACAAGCCGGCUGGCCCGCGUGUUCGAUGGACCAACAAGCCGGCUGGCCCGCGUGUUCGAUGGACCAACAAGCCGGCUGGUCCGCGUGUUCGAUGGACCAACAAGCCGGCUGGUCCGCGUGUUCGAUGGACCAACAAGCCGGCUGGUCCGCGUGUUCGAUGGACCAACAAGCCGGCUGGUCCGCGUGUUCGAUGGACCAACAAGCCGGCUGGUCCGCGUGUUCGAUGGACCAACAAGCCGGUUGGUCCGCGUGUUCGAUGGACCAACAAGCCGGUUGGUCCGCGUGUUCGAUGGACCAACAAGCCGGUUGGUCCGCGUGUUCGAUGGACCAACAAGCCAGUUGGUCCGCGAGUUCGUUGGACCAACAAGCCAGUUGGUCCGCGUGUUUGAUGGACCAACAAGCCAGUUGGCCCGCGAGUUCGAUGGACCAACAAGCCAGUUGGUCCGCGUGUUCGUUGGACCAAGUUGCGAGUCGGUCUGCGUGUUCGAUGGAGCAACAAGCCAGUUGGUCCGCGUGUUCCAUGGAGCAACAAGCCAGUUGGUCCGCGUGUUCCAUGGAGCAACAAGCCAGUUGGUCCGCGUGUUUGUUGGACCAACAAGCCAGUUGGUCCGCGUGUUUGAUGGACCAACAAGCCAGUUGGUCCGCGUGUUUGAUGGACCAACAAGCCAGUUGGUCCGCGUGUUUGAUGGACCAACAAGCCAGUUGGUCCGCGUGUUUGUUGGACCAACAAGCCAGUUGGUCCGAGUGUCUGUUGGACCAACAAGCCAGUUGGUCCGAGUGUCUGUUGGACCAACAAGCCAGUUGGUCCGAGUGUCUGUUGGACCAACAAGCCAGUUGGUCCGCGUGUUUGAUGGACCAACAAGCCAGUUGGUCCGCGUGUUUGUUGGACCAACAAGCCAGUUGGUCCGCGUGUUUGUUGGACCAACAAGCCAGUUGGUCCGCGUGUUUGUUGGACCAACAAGCCAGUUGGUCCGCGUGUUUGUUGGACCAACAAGCCAGUUGGUCCACGUGUUUGUUGGACCAACAAGCCAGCUGGUCCGCGUGUUUGUUGGACCAACAAGCCAGCUGGUCCGCGUGUUUGUUGGACCAACAAGCCAGCUGGUCCGCGUGUUUGUUGGACCAACAAGCCUCUUGGUCCGCGUAUUCGAUGGACCAACAAGCCUCUUGGUCCGCGUGUUCGAUGGACCAACAAGCCUCUUGGUCCGCGUGUUCGAUGGACCAACAAGCCUCCUGGUCCGCGUGUUCGAUGGACCAGCAAGCCAGCUGGUCCGCGUGUUCGAUGGACCAACAAGCCAGCUGGUCCGCGUGUUCGAUGGACCAACAAGCCAGCUGGUCCGCGUGUUCGAUGGACCAACAAGCCAGCUGGUCCGCGUGUUCGAUGGACCAACAAGCCAGCUGGUCCGCGUGUUCGAUGGACCAACAAGCCAGCUGGUCCGCGUGUUCGAUGGACCAACAAGCCAGCUGGUCCGCGUGUUCGAUGGACCAACAAGCCAGCUGGUCCGCGUGUUCGAUGGACCAACAAGCCAGUUGGUCCGCGUGUUUGAUGGACCAACAAGCCAGUUGGCCCGCGAGUUCGUUGGACCAACAAGCCAGUUGGUCCGCGUGUUUGAUGGACCAACAAGCCAGUUGGCCCGCGAGUUCGAUGGACCAACAAGCCAGUUGGUCCGCGUGUUCGUUGGACCAAGUUGCCAGUUGGUCCGCGUGUUUGAUGGACCAACAAGCCAGUUGGUCCGCGUGUUUGUUGGACCAACAAGCCAGUUGGUCCGCGUGUUUGUUGGACCAACAAGCCAGUUGGUCCGCGUGUUUGUUGGACCAACAAGCCAGUUGGUCCGCGUGUUUGAUGGACCAACAAGCCAGUUGGUCCGCGUGUUUGUUGGACCAACAAGCCAGUUGGUCCGCGUGUUUGAUGGACCAACAAGCCAGUUGGUCCGCGUGUUUGUUGGACCAACAAGCCAGUUGGUCCGCGUGUUUGUUGGACCAACAAGCCAGUUGGUCCGCGUGUUUGUUGGACCAACAAGCCAGUUGGUCCACGUGUUUGUUGGACCAACAAGCCAGUUGGUCCGCGUGUUUGUUGGACCAACAAGCCAGCUGGUCCGCGUGUUUGUUGGACCAACAAGCCAGCUGGUCCACGUGUUUGAUGGACCAACAAGCCAGCUGGUCCACGUGUUUGAUGGACCAACAAGCCAGCUGGUCCGCGUGUUCGAUGGACCAACAAGCCAGCUGGUCCGCGUGUUCGAUGGACCAACAAGCCAGCUGGUCCGCGUGUUCGAUGGACCAACAAGCCAGCUGGUCCGCGUGUUCGAUGGACCAACAAGCCAGCUGGUCCGCGUGUUCGAUGGACCAACAAGCCAGCUGGUCCGCGUGUUCGAUGGACCAACAAGCCAGCUGGUCCGCGUGUUUGAUGGACCAACAAGCCAGCUGGUCCGCGUGUUUGAUGGACCAACAAGCCAGCUGGUCCGCGUGUUUGAUGGACCAACAAGCCAGCUGGUCCGCGUGUUUGAUGGACCAACAAGCCAGCUGGUCCGCGUGUUUGAUGGACCAACAAGCCAGCUGGUCCGCGUGUUCGAUGGACCAACAAGCCAGCUGGUCCGCGUGUUCGAUGGACCAACAAGCCAGCUGGUCCGCGUGUUCGAUGGACCAACAAGCCAGCUGGUCCGCGUGUUCGAUGGACCAACAAUCCAGUUGGUCCGCGUGUUUGAUGGACCAACAAGCCAGUUGGUCCGCGUGUUUGUGGGCCAACAAGCCAGCUGGUCCGCGUGUUCGAUGGACCAACAAGCCAGUUGGUCCGCGUGUUUGUUGGACCAACAAGCCAGUUGGUCCGCGUGUUGUUGGUCCACGUGUUCGUUGGACCAACAAGCCAGUUGGUCCGCGUGUUUGUUCGUUGGGCCAACAAGCCAGUUGGUCCGCGUGUUCGUUGGGCUAACAAGCCAGCUGGUCCGCGUGUUUGUUGGACCAACAAGCCAGCUGGUCCACGUGUUUGAUGGACCAACAAGCCAGCUGGUCCACGUGUUUGAUGGACCAACAAGCCAGCUGGUCCACGUGUUUGAUGGACCAACAAGCCAGCUGGUCCACGUGUUUGAUGGACCAACAAGCCAGCUGGUCCACGUGUUUGAUGGACCAACAAGCCAGCUGGUCCGCGUGUUUGAUGGGCCAACAAGCCAGCUGGUCCGCGUGUUUGAUGGGCCAACAAGCCAGCUGGUCCGCGUGUUUGAUGGGCCAACAAGCCAGCUGGUCCGCGUGUUUGAUGGGCCAACAAGCCAGCUGGUCCGCGUGUUUGAUGGGCCAACAAGCCAGCUGGUCCGCGUGUUUGAUGGACCAACAAGCCAGCUGGUCCGCGUGUUUGAUGGACCAACAAGCCAGCUGGUCCGCGUGUUUGAUGGACCAACAAGCCAGCUGGUCCGCGUGUUUGAUGGACCAACAAGCCAGCUGGUCCGCGUGUUUGAUGGACCAACAAGCCAGCUGGUCCGCGUGUUUGAUGGUCCAACAAGCCAGCUGGUCCGCGUGUUCGAUGGUCCAACAAGCCAGCUGGUCCGCGUGUUCGAUGGACCAACAAGCCAGCUGGUCCGCGUGUUCGAUGGACCAACAAGCCAGCUGGUCCGCGUGUUCGUUGGACCAACAAGCCAGCUGGUCCGCGUGUUUGAUGGACCAACAAGCCAGCUGGUCCGCGUGUUUGAUGGACCAACAAGCCAGCUGGUCCGCGUGUUCGAUGGACCAACAAGCCAGCUGGUCCGCGUGUUCGAUGGACCAACAAGCCAGCUGGUCCGCGUGUUUGUUGGACCAACAAGCCAGCUGGUCCGCGUGUUCGUUGGACCAACAAGCCAGCUGGUCCGCGUGUUUGAUGGACCAACAAGCCAGGUGGUCCGCGUGUUUGUUGGACCAACAAGCCAGCUGGUCCGCGUGUUUGAUGGACCAACAAGCCAGCUGGUCCGCGUGUUCGAUGGACCAACAAGCCAGCUGGUCCGCGUGUUCGAUGGACCAACAAGCCAGCUGGUCCGCGUGUUCGAUGGACCAACAAGCCAGCUGGUCCGCGUGUUCGAUGGACCAACAAGCCAGCUGGUCCGCGUGUUUGAUGGACCAACAAGCCAGCUGGUCCGCGUGUUCGAUGGACCAACAAGCCAGCUGGUCCGCGUGUUUGAUGGACCAACAAGCCAGCUGGUCCGCGUGUUUGAUGGACCAACAAGCCAGCUGGUCCGCGUGUUCGAUGGACCCACAAGCCAGCUGGUCCGCGUGUUCGAUGGACCAACAAGCCAGCUGGUCCGCGUGUUCGAUGGACCAACAAGCCAGCUGGUCCGCGUGUUCGAUGGACCAACAAGCCAGCUGGUCCGCGUGUUCGAUGGACCAACAAGCCAGCUGGUCCGCGUGUUCGAUGGACCAACAAGCCAGCUGGUCCGCGUGUUCGAUGGACCAACAAGCCAGCUGGUCCGCGUGUUUGAUGGACCAACAAGCCAGUUGGUCCGCGUGUUUGUUGGACCAACAAGCCAGUUGGUCCACGUGUUGUUGGUCCACGUGUUGCUGGUCCACGUGUUUGAUGGACCAACAAGCCAGCUGGUCCACGUGUUUGAUGGACCAACAAGCCAGCUGGUCCACGUGUUUGAUGGACCAACAAGCCAGCUGGUCCACGUGUUUGAUGGACCAACAAGCCAGCUGGUCCACGUGUUUGAUGGACCAACAAGCCAGCUGGUCCACGUGUUUGAUGGACCAACAAGCCAGCUGGUCCACGUGUUUGAUGGACCAACAAGCCAGCUGGUCCACGUGUUUGAUGGACCAACAAGCCAGCUGGUCCACGUGUUUGAUGGACCAACAAGCCAGCUGGUCCACGUGUUUGAUGGACCAACAAGCCAGCUGGUCCACGUGUUUGAUGGACCAACAAGCCAGCUGGUCCGCGUGUUUGAUGGGCCAACAAGCCAGCUGGUCCUCGUGUUUGAUGGGCCAACAAGCCAGCUGGUCCGCGUGUUUGAUGGGCCAACAAGCCAGCUGGUCCGCGUGUUUGAUGGGCCAACAAGCCAGCUGGUCCGCGUGUUUGAUGGGCCAACAAGCCAGCUGGUCCGCGUGUUUGAUGGGCCAACAAGCCAGCUGGUCCGCGUGUUUGAUGGACCAACAAGCCAGCUGGUCCGCGUGUUUGAUGGACCAACAAGCCAGCUGGUCCGCGUGUUUGAUGGACCAACAAGCCAGCUGGUCCGCGUGUUUGAUGGACCAACAAGCCAGCUGGUCCGCGUGUUUGAUGGACCAACAAGCCAGCUGGUCCGCGUGUUUGAUGGUCCAACAAGCUUGCUGGUCCGCGUGUUUGAUGGACCAACAAGCCAGCUGGUCCGCGUGUUUGAUGGACCAACAAGCCAGCUGGUCCGCGUGUUUGAUGGUCCAACAAGCCAGCUGGUCCGCGUGUUCGAUGGACCAACAAGCCAGCUGGUCCGCGUGUUUGUUGGACCAACAAGCCAGCUGGUCCGCGUGUUCGAUGGACCAACAAGCCAGCUGGUCCGCGUGUUCGAUGGACCAACAAGCCAGCUGGUCCGCGUGUUCGAUGGACCAACAAGCCAGCUGGUCCGCGUGUUCGAUGGACCAACAAGCCAGCUGGUCCGCGUGUUCGAUGGACCAACAAGCCAGCUGGUCCGCGUGUUCGUUGGACCAACAAGCCAGCUGGUCCGCGUGUUUGAUGGACCAACAAGCCAGCUGGUCCGCGUGUUCGUUGGACCAACAAGCCAGCUGGUCCGCGUGUUUGAUGGACCAACAAGCCAGUUGGUCCGCGUGUUUGUUGGACCAACAAGCCAGCUGGUCCGCGUGUUUGAUGGACCAACAAGCCAGCUGGUCCGCGUGUUUGUUGGACCAACAAGCCAGCUGGUCCGCGUGUUUGAUGGACCAACAAGCCAGCUGGUCCGCGUGUUCGAUGGACCAACAAGCCAGCUGGUCCGCGUGUUCGAUGGACCAACAAGCCAGCUGGUCCGCGUGUUCGAUGGACCAACAAGCCAGCUGGUCCGCGUGUUCGAUGGACCAACAAGCCAGCUGGUCCGCGUGUUCGAUGGACCAACAAGCCAGCUGGUCCGCGUGUUCGAUGGACCAACAAGCCAGCUGGUCCGCGUGUUUGAUGGACCAACAAGCCAGCUGGUCCGCGUGUUCGAUGGACCAACAAGCCAGCUGGUCCGCGUGUUCGAUGGACCAACAAGCCAGCUGGUCCGCGUGUUCGAUGGACCAACAAGCCAGCUGGUCCGCGUGUUCGAUGGACCAACAAGCCAGCUGGUCCGCGUGUUCGAUGGACCAACAAGCCAGCUGGUCCGCGUGUUCGAUGGACCAACAAGCCAGCUGGUCCGCGUGUUUGUUGGACCAACAAGCCAGUUGGUCCGCGUGUUCGUUGGACAAACAAGCCAGUUGGUCCACGUGUUGUUGGUCCACGUGUUCGUUGGACCAACAAGCCAGUUGCUGGUCCACGUGUUUGAUGGACCAACAAGCCAGCUGGUCCACGUGUUUGAUGGACCAACAAGCCAGCUGGUCCACGUGUUUGAUGGACCAACAAGCCAGCUGGUCCACGUGUUUGAUGGACCAACAAGCCAGCUGGUCCACGUGUUUGAUGGACCAACAAGCCAGCUGGUCCGCGUGUUUGAUGGUCCAACAAGCCACCUGGUCCGCGUGUUGGAUGGUCCAACAAGCCAGCUGGUCCGCGUGUUCGAUGGUCCAACAAGCCAGCUGGUCCGCGUGUUCCGGCCGGUCCGCGUGUUCCGGCCGUUCCGCGUGUUUGAUGGACCAACAAGCCAGCUGGUCCGCGUGUUUGUUGGACCAACAAGCCAGCUGGUCCGCGUGUUUGUUGGACCAACAAGCCAGCUGGUCCGCGUGUUUGUUGGACCAACAAGCCAGCUGGUCCGCGUGUUUGUUGGACCAACAAGCCAGCUGGUCCGCGUGUUUGUUGGACCAACAAGCCAGCUGGUCCGCGUGUUUGUUGGACCAACAAGCCAGCUGGUCCGCGUGUUUGUUGGACCAACAAGCCAGUUGGUCCGCGUGUUUGAUGGACCAACAAGCCAGCUGGUCCGCGUGUUUGUUGGACCAACAAGCCAGCUGGUCCGCGUGUUUGUUGGACCAACAAGCCAGUUGGUCCGCGUGUUUGAUGGACCAACAAGCCAGUUGCCGGUCCGCGUGUUCGUUGGUCCAACGAGCCAGCCGGUCCGCGUGUUCGUUGGACCAACGAGCCAGCCGGUCCGCGUGUUCGUUGGACCAACGAGCCAGCCGGUCCGCGUGUUCGUUGGACCAACGAGCCAGCCGGUCCGCGUGUUCGUUGGACCAACGAGCCAGCUGGUCCGCGUGUUCGUUGGACCAACGAGCCAGCUGGUCCACGUGUUUGUUGGACCAACGAGCCAGUUGGUCCACGUGUUCGUUGGACCAACGAGCCAGCUGGUCCCCGUGUUCGUUGGACCAACGAGCCAGCUGGUCCCCGUGUUCGUUGGACCAACGAGCCAGCUGGUCCCCGUGUUCGUUGGACCAACGAGCCAGCUGGUCCCCGUGUUCGUUGGACCAACGAGCCAGCUGGUCCACGUGUUUGUUGGACCAACGAGCCAGUUGGUCCACGUGUUCGAUGGACCAACAAGCCAGCUGGUCCACGUGUUCGAUGGACCAACAAGCCAGCUGGUCCACGUGUUCGAUGGACCAACAAGCCAGCUGGUCCACGUGUUUGAUGGACCAACGAGCCAGUUGGUCCACGUGUUUGUUGGACCAACGAGCCAGUUGGUCCACGUGUUUGUUGGACCAACGAGCCAGUUGGUCCACGUGUUUGUUGGACCAACGAGCCAGUUGGUCCACGUGUUUGAUGGACCAACGAGCCAGUUGGUCCACGUGUUUGAUGGACCAACGAGCCAGUUGGUCCACGUGUUUGAUGGACCAACAAGCCAGCUGGUCCACGUGUUUGAUGGACCAACAAGCCAGCUGGUCCACGUGUUUGAUGGACCAACAAGCCAGCUGGUCCACGUGUUUGUUGGACCAACAAGCCAGCUGGUCCACGUGUUUGAUGGACCAACAAGCCAGCUGGUCCACGUGUUUGAUGGACCAACAAGCCAGCUGGUCCACGUGUUUGAUGGACCAACAAGCCAGCUGGUCCACGUGUUUGAUGGACCAACAAGCCAGCUGGUCCACGUGUUUGUUGGAUCGACAAGCCAGCUGGUCCACGUGUUUGUUGGACCAACAAGCCAGUUGGUCCACGUGUUUGAUGGACCAACAAGCCAGUUGGUCCACGUGUUUGAUGGACCAACAAGCCUUCGUCUCCGUGUCUCAGAGCUGAUUUGCAGUUUAUGGAUCAAUCUCAUGGACGACUGUGACUGUAUCGGAGGGCAGUGGGCCACGGACGACCUCUUAAUCCGCUACCAGUACGUCUCGGACUUUUUCAUAGCCCUCGCUUACUUCUCCAUCCCGCUCGAAUUAAUCUACUUCGUAAAAAAAUCCGCCGUCUUCCCCUACCGAUGGGUGCUGGUCCAAUUCGGCGCGUUUAUAGUUCUCUGCGGCACCACGCAUCUCAUCAACAUGUGGACCUUUCGCGAACACACGCGAACCGUCGCCUUCGUCAUGACCAUCGCGAAAGUCCUCACCGCCGUCGUGUCGUGCGCGACGGCGCUCAUGCUCGUACACAUCAUUCCGGACCUCCUCUCCGUGAAGACCCGCGAGCUGUUCUUGAAGAAUAAAGCGGCGGAGCUGGAUCGCGAGAUGGGGUUGAUCCGCACGCAGGAGGAGACGGGGCGGCACGUGCGCAUGCUGACGCACGAGAUCCGGUCGUCGCUGGACCGCCCGACCAUCCUCAACACGACGCUCGUGGAGCUGGGGCGCACGCUGCAGCUCGAUGAAUGCGCGCUCUGGAUGCCCGCCAACCUCGCGGGCGAUGACGAAGACGACGGCGGAGGGUCCCCAUCGGACCUACAGCUCAUUCACACGCUGCAUCAGCCCAAGCCCCCGCCAGUCACCGUCACGCUCGCACACCCCACAGUGAAGCAGGUCUUCAGCACCAGCCGCGCCGUCGUCAUCUCCCCCAACUCCCCCGUCACGGCUAUCCCGGGCGGCGGGCGGGCAGCGGGUGGCAACCGCUACGUGGCCGGCGACGUGGUUGCGGUGCGCAUCCCUCUGCUCCACGCCAACACCUUCACGGGCGGCGGGGCAGGCGGCGCGGGGGGCAGCGACUGGCAGGACUCGCGGGAGCGAAGCUACGCGCUGCUCGUCCUCAUGCUCCCAGCCGACAGCGCGCGGCGGUGGCACGUGCACGAGUUAGAAAUGGUAGAAGUGGUGGCGGAUCAAGUGGCGGUCGCACUCUCACACGCAGCCAUCCUAGAAGAGUCCAUGCACGCCCGGGAUUUACUCAUGGAGCAGAACGUUGCUCUCGACCACGCGCGAGCGCAAGCGGAGAAGGCCAUCCGCGCGCGAAACGAUUUCUUGGCUGUUAUGAACCACGAGAUGCGGACGCCCAUGCACGCCAUUAUCGCUCUCUCUACUCUGCUCCAGGAGACAGAACUGACUCCGGAGCAGCGCAGCAUGGUUGACACGGUGCUAAAGUCCAGUAACCUGCUCGCCACGCUCAUUCACGAUGUGCUAGACCUCUCCCACCUGGAAGACGGCAGCAUGCUGCUGGACGUCCGCACCUUCAACCUCCACGGCACCUUCCGCGAGGUUGCCUCGCUGGUGAAACCGGUAGCUUCGGUGAAAAAGCUGGGAGUGACGCUGAGGCUGCAGUCGGAUGUGCCUGAGUUUGCGUCGGGGGAUGAGAGGCGGCUGCUGCAGACAGCGCUGAAUGUGGUGGGCAAUGCCGUGAAGUUUACCAGGGAUGGCAGUAUUACGAUUACUGUGUGCCUGGAGCGGCCCGAGUUUCAGCGCGAUAAGAACUUUCCGAAGUUUGUGCCGGUGGUGGCGCUGGGGGAUAAGCACUACUACAUCCGCGUGCAGGUGAAGGACACGGGCGUGGGGUUGAGGCAGGAGGACCAGAGGAAACUGUUCAGCAAGUUUGUGCAGGCAGACGCCACCACCACGCGCAACUAUGGUGGCACUGGGCUGGGCCUCGCUAUCUGCAAGCGCUUCGUGAACAUGAUGGGAGGGCACAUUUGGGUGGAGAGUGAGGGCCCUGGCAAGGGAACAACGGUGACGUUUGUGGUGCGGCUGGGACUGCCAGAGAAGGCCGACGACCGCACCAAGGCGGGGCCCGCGGGGCAGAAGCAGGCUGCUGGCGGCGCUGGUGGGGUGACCAAGGCCGUGGACUUCACCGGGCUGAAAGUGCUUGUCUGCGACGAUAACCAUGUGAACCGCAUGGUGACCAAGCGCAUGGUCACACGGCUGGGCUGCGAGGUCACCGUGGUGGGGUCAGGCCGCGAGUGCCUGGCUGCUCUUGCUGGCCCGGGCCAUGGCUUUAAGGUGCUACUGCAGGAUCUGAUGAUGCCGGACAUGGACGGCUACGAGGUGGCCAAGCGGGUCAUCGACCGCAUCAAGAACCCUGACGAGCGCCCGCGCAUAGCGGCGUUGACAGCCAACACGGACCAGGCGACCAAGGACCGGUGCCUCAGCAUCGGCAUGGACGGCGUCAUCACCAAGCCCAUCUCGCUUGAAAAGAUGCGCAUCGUCUUCACGGAGCUCAUGACCCUCGGGAAGAUCGUGUCCGAUCCCAAGGCUUAG